UGAUAAACCCACAAUAACAAUAAUGUUUGAAAUUUAAAUGUAAAACCGGUGUUGCAAGUCUUCAUAAAUUAUUGUUUAUGUGUGAAACAAAAAUGGAAAAAGAGAAGGAAAAGAAUAAAAAUUCAUCAACGGCCAGUCCCAGCCCUACUCCGAUAUCGAAAUUGGAUAAAAAGGAACCUCUGUCGUUGGAAGAACUUUUGGCAAAAAAAAAAGCCGAAGAAUUGGCUAGAAGCAAAGUACGUAUAGUUUUUCCGUUACAUAUGCUUUUUACUGUAUUAUUUAAAGUUUUUUCAAUUCGAUUUCAGCCAGUGUUUUUGACAAAAGAACAACGUGCCGCUGAAGCUCUACGCAAAAGACAAGAAGAAGGCGAACUGAUAAAAAAAAAACAAGAAGAAGAACGUAAGAAACGAUUGGAAUUUUUACAUCAGGUGGACGGCGGGGUACAUAACAAUCACAGAGAUGAUCGGUAGGGUUUGCAGUGUUAUAACUAAUAAUUAUAAUAUUAGUUUCGUGCGAGUACAGUAAUUUUUUAUUGAUAUUUUCCAGUGACCGCGAUAGAGAUCAUCAUCGGGAUAGGGAUCGUGACCGAGAUCGUGAGCGCGAAAGAGAUAGAGAACAUGACCGUCGGGAACGAGACCGUAAAAGGGAAAAAAAGGACGAACCCGAAGACAAGGAACAGAACAAAGAUAAAGAGAAAGAACAAGAAGCUAUACGAGAACGGUAUUUAGGUCUUACUAAAAAAAAAAGACGCGUUCGACGAUUAAACGAUAGAAAAUUUGUUUUUGAUUGGGACGCAUCGGAAGAUACGUCCAUUGACUACAAUGCCUUGUACAAAGAACGUCAUCAAGUACAGUUUUUUGGUCGUGGUAAUGUAGCAGGUAUUGAUAUUAAAGCUCAAAAAAAAGAUCAAUCCAAAUUUUAUGGCGAACUUAUGGAGAAACGCAGAACCGAAGCAGAAAAAGAACAAGAGAAAGUGAGAUUAAAGAAAGUGAAAAGAAAAGAAGAUAAACAGAAAUGGGAUGAUCGGCAUUGGUCUGAAAAGGAUUUGGACGAGAUGACCGAGCGAGAUUGGAGAAUAUUUAGAGAAGACUACAAUAUAACUAUUAAAGGUAAUUCAAAAAUAAAAGUUGAUACUGGGGACGGGUGCAGCCAUUGUUGUAGAUGGGAAGUUGGGAAGGUAGGAUACAUAGGGUUAUUUCAUUUAUAUCUGUAAGCAACGAUAAACCAUUGCUGAAGAAAGACGAUUCCGAGCACAAUUUGAUAAUGUAUAAUUUGAAAUGCCAUAAUUUUUUUUGCGAUUUUCAUUUAAUUUGAUUUCAAAACGCUUAUUUAAAAAUAAAACCGAUGAUUUUUGAAAUUUAACCACGUCUAGGUAAGCCCAAUAUAAGUAUUAUUACCCAGUUUCAAGUCUACUUAUAGCCAAAGUACAGCAAAAAAACUCAAAAAUUAAAAUUGAUUAAAAGCUUAAACGUUUGGCGAUAAUACCGUAAGAAAGAAAAUCAAAAAUGUGCCCUGUGAUUUUUUUAUUAAAUUAAUUUUCUAGUAGAAAAAGUUUUAUUUUAAAAUAAUAACAUUGUAAAAUUGUAUGUUUUCUUACAUUUUUUCCCACUUAAGUGUUAUUAUUUAAAAAAUGAUAUAAAAAAUCAAAAAAUAACCUCUCUAAAGUACCAUCUAGUUAACUUGAGCUUUUAGAAAACUUGCUAUACAUAAAAAUCUGAGCGAGUUUACUAGGAAAAAACGUGUCCACAGUCUAGAACAAAGAAUAAAGAAAAAAUAAUAAAUAAACAGCAUUGUAAAACUAAUAGCUCCCUUGCUACACUUGGAAUCUAAAAUUAAUUUUUGGGAGUAUGUAGGCAUGCAUUUUUUAUUUUACUGUGUAACAAUUUAUUUAAUUUUCAAGGUGGUAAAAUACCUGAACCCAUUCGCAAGUGGAAGGAGUCUACUAUAAAAAGUGAAAUUAUGGAAAUUAUUGAAAAAGUUGGUUAUAAGGAUCCAACGCCCAUUCAACGACAAGCUAUUCCUAUUGGUUUCCAAGUAUAAUAUUUUAUCUCUCAAAUUCCAUGAGUAUUUACUAUACAACACUUAAUGUUUUAAUAAUUUUUAGAAUCGUGAUAUUAUUGGAGUUGCUGAAACUGGUUCUGGAAAAACAUUAGCUUACCUUAUACCACUUAUUGAAUGGAUUCAGUCUUUACCUAAAAUGGAACGAAUGGAAGAUGUUGACCAAGUAAGGAUUAAUUUAACUAAAUUUAAAUCAUUAAUUAAACAUUGUUUUUUUUUUUUUCAAAUAUUUCUCAGGGUCCUUACUCAAUUAUAUUGGCACCGACUCGUGAGUUGGCUCAACAGAUUGAAGAAGAGACUUUAAAAUUUGGUCAGCCAUUGGGUAUUAGAACUGUAGUUGUUGUAGGAGGUUUAUCUAGGGAAGAACAAGGGUUCAGGUUACGAUUGGGGUGUGAAGUAAUUUUUAUUCUUUUUUCCAAAUUUGAAUGGUGCACUAUAUACAAAUUUAAUUUUGAACUGUAGAUUGUCAUUGCAACACCAGGUCGUUUGAUCGACGUUCUGGAAAACAGAUAUUUAGUUCUGAAUCAAUGCACAUACAUAGUGUUGGAUGAAGCAGACAGAAUGAUAGACAUGGGUUUUGAACCAGAUGUGCAAAAGAUUUUAGAAUAUAUGCCUGUAACAAAUUUAAAGCCAGAUAAUGAGGAUGCUGAAGAUGAAUCUAAAUUAUUAGCUAAUUAUUAUUCAAAGAAAAAAUAUAGACAAGUAAAUACACUAUUAAUUUUUAAAUUGAAUUUCUUGAUUAAUUAAAUUAUAACAAUUUGUUUCUUUUUAGACUGUGAUGUUUACAGCUACCAUGCCUGCAGCUGUAGAACGUUUGGCUCGAACAUAUUUACGUCGACCUGCUGUUGUUUACAUUGGUUCCAUUGGUAAACCUGUAGAACGUACUGAACAAAUAGUACACAUGAUGAGUGAAAAUGAUAAACGUAAAAGACUCGUUGAAAUCCUCAGUCGUGGAGUCGAACCUCCAAUUAUUAUAUUUGUCAAUCAAAAAAAAGGUGCAGAUGUUUUGGCUAAGGGUCUGGAAAAACUUGGAGUAAAUUUACAAAUACACAAUAAAUUAUAUAUUUUUUAUAGAUGUGCUAUAUCUGUUACCCUGGUAAAUAUUAUUUUAAUUUUAGUAUAACGCCUGUACGCUUCAUGGUGGCAAAGGACAAGAACAGCGUGAGUUUGCUCUUGCAAGUCUUAAAGGUGGCCAAAAAGAUAUUUUGGUUGCAACAGAUGUUGUUGGUCGUGGUAUUGAUAUUAAGGAUGUUUCUAUGGUCAUCAAUUAUGAUAUGGCCAAAUCUAUUGAAGGUAAUUUUAUUUAUUUGGUAGACUUUCUUAAUAUACUAAACUAAUACUUCUAACUAAAUGCUGCAGUUAUUAACAAUGGUCAAUUGAAUUUUUUUUGUGUUUUCAAAUUAUUGUUUUUUUUUCUAGAUUAUACACAUCGUAUUGGACGUACGGGUCGUGCAGGAAAAACUGGAGUAGCAAUUUCAUUCUUGACUAAAGACGAUUCACCAUUGUUUUAUGAUCUCAAACAAGUCAUACAAGCGAGUCCUGCAUCGACUUGUCCUCCGGAAUUGGCUAAUCAUCCAGAAGCACAACACAAACCUGGUACCGUAAUGAUGCCUAAAAAGAGACGUGAAGAGAAAAUAUUUGCGUAACUUAACAAGUUAAAUACACCUGAAUUAUUAAAAAAUUAUAUUUUGUAAUUAUACAUUUUAUUUAUAAAUGUUUUGAAUCCCUUACACAAUUUUCAUGAAAAUAAUAACUGUUCAAAAGAAAAUUGAAUAUACUGUGUAAAUGAUUUAAUAUAAAUUUAAAUUCUUAACAUCUAAUCCAUACGUGUCUUGAUAUCACGUACAAUAACCUUGUCCUUUUUUCUGAAAUUAAAAAAAAUAAUAAUUUAAGUAUCAAAGUAAAAGGCACAAUAAAUGAACAUAUGUUGCAUUGAUUAAACAAAAUACUUACAUAAUGUAAACUUUUGCACCCCAACCGGAAAUGGCGUCACGAUUGCAAGCACUGACUAAAGCUUGCGAGAUAGUUUCAAAUAGCUGAUCCUCUCCCAUAUCUGGCUCCCACAAAGCUUCACAAAGACCAUACAAUUGACUUGAACUAGUACCACCUACUACAAAGUUAUCUGAUUUAUUUACACAACCAAUCAAAUCCAUGUCACACAUAUAUGGUUCUAGUGUUUCUUCAUCUAAAGCAACAAUCAUAGGUUCAACAAAAAAUGGUGAAAAUCUGAAAAUACAAAAUAAAACAUUUAAUUUAAAAUAUUUCAGU